AUGAUUGGUCAAGAUCCACGGCCAAUCAGUUCUGGAGAUUAUGUCAAGAAAUUUGAGACAAGGAUGACACCAAACCAUCUCUUCCAACUCAUCUCUGAAAUCAAUAAACCAACAGAUCUUACAAAAGAGCCAGAUACGGUAGAUUAUCGCGAACUACAAAGGCAGGCUAUCAGAGAUAUGGGAUUUGGCACCUUGUUGGAUCUCAAAAUCAAAAAUAUUCCAACAGCCUUGUGUAAUUUUCUGGCAUGCAAUUUCCAAACCGGUGCAAGACAAGUCCCAUUGAAUGGAAACAAUGUACUGGAUAUCAAACAGGAAGAUGUUAUUGCAGUACUUGAUCUUCCUCGUGGACCCAAACUAGUGGAAGAACUCAAACAGAAUGAUCCCGCUAUAACGGACCACGCUGAGAUGGUGGAUGCGUUCAAGAAAAGAAUGGGAUACAGUAAUAAAUUCCUGCCAACGAGAUCCACCGCGGCACAAUUAAUUGCUGGUCGAAAAGAUUUUGGUGAUGACUUCAAACGAGAUUUCCUCGUCUUCGUUGACCUCGCCGCUCUUUAUGAAAAAUUCUACCAAUUGAUUAUCACGAUGAGCAAAACUGUUUUAGACAUUCGUGAGAAGGAAAUGGAGUUAAGAAUCGAACUAGAUGAACAAGAAAAGCAAAUAAUCAAGAUCCUAACAGAUGCAAUGGUGUCGAUGAGUAGAAAGAUGCCUCCGCCUUCAGGUACAACGCAACUGGAACAAGAGCAGCAACAACACCAGCAAGACCUCCAGGAUGCACAGAUUUGUGAAUUGUGCGAGAUGGCAUGGAAGUCCGCUGAAAGCAGAUUUGCAACAAUCAUAGAACAGCUACAACGACAAGUAGCUGACCAACAAGAACAACAGCAACACCAACAAACUGAUGACAACACUUGGGGAUAUGUGCCUACUUCAAAAGAAGUGGUGGUUGAUGAACGACAAACUCAACUACAAGGGGCACAGGGACUGGAUCAAUUGAGCCAGACAAAUGAUGAGAAUUCUCUUCCAGUGGGGAAAUCCGUGCCUACUUCAAAAGAAGUGCUAGUUGAUGAACAACAAACUCAACCACAAGAACAUGCAACGAAUGUCUCCACGACAGAAAAGAAGAGAUCCCAUCAAGAUUCCACCGGCCGGGAUUCAGGUGUGACAUCCACCUAUACCAAAAGGUCGAGAAGCACUGGUACCAGGAAAAGGAAAGCAUUGAAAGACGCAACUAUCCCAAGCUUUAACCUGGGUAUCUUCUCCAGUCAGGAAGACAGUUACGAGACAACCCAGGAGAAGAACACUCAGGAAGAUGUCACAGUAACGGUUGAUCUGGAUAAAGAUGUGAAUGAGACUAUAGAAGCAGAAGAAUAUCCAGUACCAUCUGCUCUCGACGAAACAAAGAAUCCCAGUCCUUCCAUCGAUGAAAUUAUAAGAAGGGCCAGUGCACCAGCUUCAGAAUCGUUGAGUGAUACAGAAAAACUAGAGAUCAUUGCGGCUGUUGCAGAACAAGUUGAGAAAAACCCAAAGGUGGUUGAAGCAGUCCCUUUAAGCAUAAUUCCACCCGAUUGGAAUGUUGCUUCUACCACGGGUGGUCUACUCAUGCUGGACAAAAAUGAGUGUACCACGCCACCGCCUGCAAUCUCAAAGAAAGCUGAAGUACAUGAUGAAGGGUUAACAAAGACAGUGGAAAAGAUCCUCAAUCAAAAACCUAGGAGGAGAAAUCCACCAAGAAUCCACCGGUUGCCCGAACGGUUCAGGUCGCCGUUCAUGCUGCAGAAGAAAAACAAGAAAAAAUUCAUACAGUUGACAGAGGAGAAGAAGAAAAUGACCUAA